AUGGAGUGCCUAUAUGCUGAUCCUGAACGCAGGGCAUAUGAUUUAUUGGGGUUGUACUAUGGUCUUGGUCGGACAUUCUUCAAUCCUGCCAGUACAAAGGUUUUCUCAAGGUUUGAAUCCCUGAAAAUGGCUAUGGAGAACUAUACAAUUCAAGCUACACCUAACGACAGAAGUAGUGUUUUGCAACAGGGAGGAAUGUUUGUCUUUAAAGGGAAGAAACUGUUGUAUGCUCGGAAAGAUGAAGGAAUCGGAGACCAUGCCCCAUUAGAUGAUGUUUUUAGUGCUUGCAAUGUGCCAGUUGCAUAAAGCUCGUGUAGGUUGUAGUCCAUGCAAUCUACAUUCUGGCGCUAAUCAACAUUGUUGCUGCAGUACCUGGUAAACACAGAAUGCUUU